UUAUCCCAAGGGACAGCUAAGCCUAUUUCCCGCUUCAUCUUCCCUCGCGUGACCCGUACACACUCCACGCGACUUUUCUCCUGAAACGGAAAGAAUCCAAAAAUCCACCGCGCUCACCGCUCCCCGGCCAUCGUCUUCGCCGGCCACGGCGGCGUAAGAACUCUUCGCUCUUCAAAACAUUCUAGGUUUUCACUUUUUCUCAUCGGUUUUUAGCUUUUAUCUAGUUUUACGAUGAGUGCUGAGACAAGGCCAGUAAUCACCUCGCAUGCGAGAACCACAUGGAACUCAGAACCGCUAUACGAAUCGAAACCAGAAGUUAUUUCGCAAGCUUCAACUAUACCGGAACUGAUUUCUUAUCUAAAAGCGGCUUUUCGUGAGAGGGAUUUCUCUCUGGUUGAAAAAAUUCUAAUGGGCCGAGAAAAACAGCUGAGGACAGAAAUUCAAAAUCUUAAGAGGGAUUUUGAUUUAGCAGAGAAGGCCCAUGCUUUAGUUGAACUGGAUAAGUUAAAUAUGGAGGAUCAAUUGAAUAAUUUUCAGAGGAAAUGUGAGGUACUGACAAAAGAAAAAGCUGAAGCUGAGGAAAAAGUGAAGGCUUAUGAGGAAAAAAUUAAAGAGUUGGAUGAUAGAAUGUCAGUCAUGGAAGAGGAAAUUGCAAAAAAACGUGAUGAGGAUGUCUCGGUGAUCCAAAAAAUGGCAGAAGAUUGGGAAGCGGCGAAGGAGGUUGUAGAGGAAGGUAGUGGUAAUACGGACUUUGUUUCAACAAAAACAAAUAUGGAUAAUUGUCCUGAUACCCAGGCAUUGCAUCGCAUGCCUUCUGCUUGUGGUUCUGCUCAAGUAAAUAGCAAUGUUUCUAACAUAGGAAAGAAAAGACGUCGUUCAGAGGAAGCAGACCCUUUCCCUGUCAUCUUGGCUUGUGAGAAUAGAGCACCUAUUGUAGAUCUAUCAGCAUGUGAAGCAGGAGACUCCAUCAAGAAUAAUUUGGAUACAGUACCUGGCAGGGCUGGGUCUUCAAUUGCUGUUCACAUUAGCGACAGCGAUGAUGAGAAGGCAAGAAGUUUAAUUGAGAGUGACAAGGGUGAUGGUAAUGGAAAGCUGUCCUUUGCUCAUGGCAGUUCCCAUAAAACGCGGCUCAUAAGAAUCUGUGAUGACAAAGACGAAGGGAAGUUUUAUUCUCAAUUUUCUUCCAAGUCUGAUCUGUACAAGGUUAAUGGGAUUAAUGAUAGUUCGUCGGAUUCAGACAAUGAUUUGAGUGACAGAAGUAUGGAGAUGCUAAUCAAAAGAAUUAAAGCUAAAACAUUUUUAUCAGAAGAUGGUUUAAGAUCAUCCUUUGAGAAGGAUGCUGAACUCUGCAUGAAAGCGAUAUGUGCACUUUAUAGGCAGCAGAUUUCUCCAAACAUCUCUUCCAAGGGCCUCUCUUUUACCAAGAGCCAGGGGUUGAGUCAAUCUGAUAAAAUCAGCAUAACUGCUUUGGGUGAAUAUCUGAUCGAUGGGGAUCCACAACAUAAACUCAGAAAAGCCGUGGUGGAAGUACGUCCAAAGGAUCAUGCAGAAUGUAAAAGAUUAGCAACUAAGUACUGCCACCAACUAUAUCAGAUAUAUCUUAGCAAGGAGGAUCAUCUGUUUCGCCCUUGAGCUAUAUUCUAGUUUACCAGAAAAGCUAUCUCCCUUUUUGCUACACAAAUGCUGUUCUGACAAAACUUUACUAUGGACUUAGUCUUACAUAUUUUGAUCACUCCCAGUCCCAACUAUUGCUGCACAAGAUGGAAGCUUUUGCUGUUUGUGGCAGUUUUUACUAGCAGGUAGAAACCAAGAUAUGUCAGUCUGAUUAUUUUUUGUGACUUUUGGUGUGCAUAGCUGACUGAUUAUGGAUAGUUAACAACUGGUAUAAAUAUACUAUAGGUUUCAUGGUCAUAGAUGAUUCUAGAGAUGUAAAAAGUUAGGGGGUGGUGUUUCCGCCAGUUUGUGUAUUUUGUAUAUCCAUGAUGAAGACUCGUUAUUACUCUUUUGUAUGUAAAAAAUUCUUAUAUUGGGCGCUUUUGGCUUUGACA